CCGGUCGGAAAUGGGGCCGUGGAUGACGACGGACUGGCCCGGCUGGUGGCUGCCUCCACUCGGCCACCGCGAUAACACCGCCAUGAUCGCCAACCGAGGGUCGCUGGCAGAUGGGACUUAAAAGGUCCCUGAGCGCCGGCAUUCCUGGCCGACUGCUUGACAACUCGUAUCCCAACAUGGCCUUUCAGACUGUUCUUCUGGCCGCCGUGGCCGUGGUCUACUUCAUCAUUCGUUAUCUCAACCGCACCGAUGUCCCUAAAAUCAAAGGCAUUCCUGAAAUCCCCGGUGUGCCUCUCUUCGGCAACCUCUUACAACUGGGCGAGCGUCAUGCUGUUGUCGCACGCAAAUGGGCGAAACAAUUCGGCCCUGUCUUCCAAGUGCGCAUGGGAAAUAAGCGCGUCGUGUUCGCCAACAGCUUCGAUUCGGUCCGUCAGCUCUGGAUCAAAGACCAGAGCGCUUUGAUCUCGCGCCCCACCUUUCACACUUUCCACAGCGUCGUGUCUACCUCCCAGGGCUUCACCAUUGGGACCUCGCCAUGGGAUGAGUCCUGCAAGCGCCGACGCAAGGCCGCCGCCACAGCCCUGAACCGACCCGCCGUCCAAUCGUACAUGCCGAUCAUCGAUCUCGAAUGCACCGCCAGCAUCAAGGAGUUGUUCAAGGAUAGUCAGAACGGGUCGGUGGAUAUCAACCCGAAGGCUUAUUUUCAGCGGUUUGCGUUGAAUACCAGUCUGACUCUGAACUACGGCUUCCGCAUCGAGGGCAAUGUCGACGAUCAACUGCUGCACGAGAUUGUCAAUGUCGAACGUGGUGUCGCCAAUUUCCGAAGCACCAGCAACAACUGGCAGGAUUAUAUCCCGUUACUGCGUAUCCUGCCCAAGCAGAACCGCGAGGCCGGGGAGUUCCGUGUGCGUCGGGAUAAUUAUUUGAGCUUUUUACUGGACAUUCUCAAAGAGCGUAUUGCCAAGGGGACCGAUAAGCCCUGCAUUACUGGUAACAUUCUGAAGGAUCCGGAAGCCAAGCUGAACGAGGCUGAAAUCAAAUCCAUCUGCGUCACCAUGGUCUCCGCCGGUCUGGACACCGUCCCCGGCAACUUGGUCAUGGGGAUCGCCUACCUCGCCUCCGAAGACGGUCAACGCAUCCAGCAAAAGGCCUACGACGAGAUCAUGAAGGUAUACCCGGAUGGCGACGCAUGGGAGAAGUGUCUCGUGGAAGAGAAAGUGCCCUACGUGUCUGCUCUGGUCCGCGAAACCCUCCGCUUCUGGACCGUCAUUCCCAUCUGUCUUCCCCGCGAAAGUACCAAGGAUAUCGAAUACAAUGGGGCGACGAUUCCCACUGGAACUACCUUUUUCAUGAACGCCUGGGCCGCCGACUACGACGAAGACCAUUUCCAACUCCCUGACAAAUUCAUUCCCGAACGGUACCUCGAUAUCGGAGAGGGAUCGGGCACCCCGCAUUACGGGUAUGGUGCUGGAUCGCGCAUGUGUGCUGGCUCGCAUCUGGCGAACCGGGAGCUGUUCACGGCGUAUGUCCGGUUGAUUACGGCGUUUACGAUGCAUCCGUCCCGGGAUGAGGCUGAUCGACCGAUCCUGGAUGCGAUUCAUUGUAAUGAGAUUGCGACGGGGUUGACGACGGAGCCGAAGCCGUUCAAGGUGGGGUUUAAGCCGAGGGAUCCGGUGAGUUUGCAGAGGUGGAUUGAGGAGAGUGAUGAGCGGACGAAGGAUUUGUAGAUAUACCAGGGGUUAUGAUGCUAUGAUGGUGCUUUGUAUAUAUGAUUAUUUCGAGGUAGAUGGUAGGAAGCUAGAAUUCCACUCUUUCACUACCUGA